AAUGACUGAAGUCAUCACCCUCGGAAUCGGCGGAGCCGGAGUCAGCGUCUGCCACAACCUGUGGGACUACUACAUCCAGGAGAGAGACAACAACCAGGAAUACGAGAAGUACAACCAAGCUGUCAACUUCCAUGAGGAUUCAGCAGGGAGUUAUGUCCCCAGAGGGCUCUUCAUUGAUACUGACCCAACUGGGACUGAUUUAGUGCAAGAGUCAGCCAUUCAGCACUGGUUCAAUGAUGACCAUUAUUCAACAGGGAGUGAUGGAACUGGCACCAAUUAUGGAGAAGGAAGAUACACUUCUGGAAGAGAACAGAUGCCAGAGACACAGGAUAAAUUGAGAAAGCAAGCUGAAUCUUGUGACUCUUCUCCAAUUGUUUUUAUAAUUGGAUCUAUUUCUGGAGGAACAGGCAGUGGUCUUUCUGGUUUAAUUUGAGAAGAUCUUUAUGAUGAAUUCAACAUUAUUAAAUACAAUAUUUAUCAGCCUCCAACUUCUCUCAGUACUCCUAAUGAAUGCUUCAACACCAUGUAUUCAACUAGAUUUUGUCAAGAAUAUGCAAGAUUCAGCGUCAAUGUGGAUAACGACCAAUGAGUAGAUAUUCUCAACAGAUUAGGAAUCUCUGAUCCGACCUAUGAUGAUAUCAAUUCUUUACUAUCUUCAAAUAUUUCGAUGAUCGCAUCAAUGAACAGGUUUGGACAUAGCAAGUCCUACUUUUCAUCAUUAGAAGCAAGCUUAAUUUCUUAUCCAUGCAUCAAUUUCUUGACUCCCAGCUUUGCUCCUUGGGGGGUUAUUCCCAAGGUGCCCAAUCAAUUCCCAACUUUAAAUGAAAUCACAGAGGACUUAUUUAGAUGCUCGAAUUCUCUAAUAACAACGAGUCAACAAGAAGAUCAAAUAAUCGCUGCAAACAUAACCUGCUUUGGAGAUGUUCACCAGGAAGACCUCAUCAGCGCAGUUGAACACUCCCAGAAGUCAGACCUCAACACCUUCUGCGACUUCACUAAUACAGCAAUGGAGGUUAAUAAAGCUGAGCUGGGGGAAGGCUGCACUAGGUUUAGUAACAAGGUAACUGAUACACUCUACAACAUGAAGAGAUAUGCUUGCAUGCUCCUGAACUCUUGAAGAACAGCAGAGGUCCUUAAAAGGGUUGCUACUGCAUUUGACAAACUUUGCAAACCAAGAGCCUACUUCCACACAUACUUAGGAUUAGGCUUUGGUGAAGGAGAAUUCUCUGAGAACAGAGAAUCCUUUGCAUGGAUGCUUCAGGAUUAUUUCGAGCUGAAUGCAAAGUAUCCACCUCAUGAGUUCAUUGAAGAGUAA